AAAAGAAUGUCAUACUAUUCGAUUCCGUUGGGCAGGUGUAUGGAUAUCAAACUCGGAUACUCCGGGGACUUUGAAUAUGGAAGACAGCGAGAUUGUCAAUGCCAUAAAUCGAUAUGUUAAAAAGCCCUCCCAAUCCGAAUCAUCAUCUAACUACACUACUACUCCUUCAAUGGACUCAUCCCGGUCUCGCGACCCUUCUCUAAGUUUAUCAGACCUCGAACGCGAAGAGGAGAAAGAGAAACAAGUGGCUGAAGAACAAAAGAAGGCAUUUGAAGCGCGAAUGAAUAAUCUGAAGAAGAAGAAGGAGAGGGCAGAGGAGAAAGAAAAGCUGGGCAAAGAAGCAGAAGAAAAGGUGAAGGCUCGAAAAUUGACGGAGGAAAAGGCACGAAAACGGGCGGAAGAGAAGGCUCGCAAAGAGGCAGAAGAGAAAGCACAGAAAAAAGCUGAAGAUAAGGCUCGAAAAUUGGCAGAAGAUAAGGCUCGUAAACAGGCUGAAAAUAAGGCUCGCAAAGAGAAAGCUCAAGAACUGGCAGCGGAACAGGCCCAGAGGGAGGAAGAAGAUAAGGCUCAAAAAUGCGCAGCGGAGCAGGCUCAAAGGGAGGCCAAACUUGAAGAGUCGAAGCGCCGAAUAGCAGAGGAUUGGAAGAGAGUACAGCUGGAGAAACGACUCCAAAGGGAGGAUGGAAAAGUAAAACAACAAGAUGUGAAAAGCAAGGGGGAUGAACUUGCUCGGGACAAGCAACGCGGGAGGCAAGCUUCGUCGAUCUGGGGUACCUUGGUAAGCUGUUUGUUUUGUCUAUUGAAACCUAUCAAUAUCCCAGAGAGAGAUAGUCUCCCAUAGCACAAUCGAUUCACUCUCCCUGAUAAAACCCUAAAUGGCCUGUAUGAGAUAAACACAAUUAUCCUGGUUGAGUGAGCUCAGUGCGGACUGCUGCAGCGACAUAUCCUUUCGAGGGAAACUUCAAUUUUGUCUCCGCAGUGUCAUUAGUACAGUCAAUGACUGAUGCUUCUCAUAGUAUAUUAGGGCCACGGAGGACGAUCAGUCUCCGAGUCCUCCAGAGAUUGU